UCUCCCGCGUUUCUCACCCCCUCUAUCUGCCUCUCCUUCCUGCAAACCCCGAAAUCCGACGACAACUCGGUCUUGCUAUUCUCGAUUCCAGCGAAGUAGAGGCAGGUGCAGACGAUGGUUGAUGUCGUGGACAUCGCAGCCGACGGCGGCGGAGGCCUCGGCGAGGGAAAGGGAACGGCGGUGGCAGCGGAUGACGAGGCAAGCGCGGGGCGGCGAGGACGAGGAACCACUGGCCAUCGCGGAGGAUGCCGUUGGUGACGUCAGAGGCGAGGGCGGUGGCCUCGGCGGCGCGAGCAGGGGGAGAGGCCCAGGUGGGCGGCGAGGUCGGUGAGGAGGCAAUGGGCGCGGAGGAGGUGGUUGUCGCGGUGGGAGAAGUCGCCAUCGGAGAGGAGGAGGGAGCUGUCGUCGGAGUUCAAGAGCUGGUGAACCUUUACUCUCUCUCUCUCUCUCUCUUCCGGCAAAUACUGCAGCUAGAAGAGGAGGAGGGGUGUCGGUGGAAAAGUUCCACGAAAACCUAACAGAUCGGACGGAGAGCAGAGAGGAACACUCUCCGGGUAUUUACGGAGCACUCGUGGAUCGCUCCCUGCGCUACGGUUGAACGAGAUGGCAGAGUGGGGCGGCGCGGCGGAGAGCGAUCUCCAGGCGGCGGGGGCGGAAGCGCUCCUGGACGGGCGGAGCGGCGUUCGGCUCAGAGGCUGGCACAUCGAGUCCUCCAGGCGGCCCAUUCUUAGCUCCCUCGCCCUCCAAGAGUGGGAAGAAAAGCUUGGGACAUCACAUUUGCCUGAGAUGGUUUUUGGGGAGAGUUCUUUAUAUCUCUUACAUGAGGAUAGUGGUAUUAAGUUGCACUUCAAUGCAUUUGAUGCUCUAAAGGGUUGGAAACAGGAACCAUUGCCGCCAGUUGAAGUUCCUGCAGCAGACAAAUGGAAAUUUAGAAGCAAACCUUUUCAGCAAGUAACACUUGAUUACGACUAUACAUUUACGACACCAUAUUGCGGCAGUGAGACAAUAGAACCAAAUACAGAAAAGGCAAUUUUGGAAGAUGGGUGCUGUAGCCUGUGCUGGGAGGACUGCGAUGAACAAAUUGAUCUGGCUGCGCUGUCCUCAAAAGAACCAAUUCUCUUCUUUGAUGAGGUAGUUCUAUAUGAAGAUGAGCUGGCUGAUAAUGGAGUAUCACUCUUAACUGUAAAAGUGAGAGUGAUGCCGAGUUAUUGGUUUCUUCUACUUCGUUUCUGGCUCAGAGUUGAUGGUGUACUAAUGAGGUUGAGGGACACUCGAGUUUAUUGUGCUUUUGUAAGCGAUCACAAAGCUAUACCUGUCAUUCUUCGUGAGAGCUGCUGGAGAGAAGCACCAAUCCAGAGUUUAUCUGCUAAAGGCUUUCCUUCUGAUUCUGCAGCAUAUGGAGACCCGAAUCUUGUCUGUCAGAGGCUUCCUGUCAUCACACGUAAGACCCAAUGGCUGAAAGUUUCCAGGUCUAUCACAGAAGGAAGCUGAUGAGACGAGUCACAGAGUUUGAUGGCUUUUCUACAUGUGCUACCCGUCUCUCUUAUUUCCACAACAUCUGUCGAAGUGUUCUCAGCAUCAUUAUUUCUAAUUCCUGGCACUAUGCAAGCCAUUUGUCAAGUCAGAGAUUAGUCAUUGUGGUUGAAUGAAAUAUUUCAUUAUCUAUCAUUUUAUGUUCAUUUUAUAUCUGCAUUGACUUUCAUAAGCAGCGAUAAACUUGCUAUGACUAGCUGACUCUUUUUAUGAUGUAAAUACCUCUUCUUCUUGAUUUUAUGCAACGCUUAAUUUGAUUCAUUCUGAUGUUUGGA